AUGGCGAACAUGAACAACUCGCCCAUAACGCAGGUCUCGCAAAAUGGCCCGACACACACGAAUCUACAGCCCCAGCUCCUGACCAGGCUGUUCCUCGACCUGCGUGGCAGGCGGUUUGAGGUCGACCGAGAAACAAUAAUGAACUUGCCAGAAUCGGUUCUGCUGUGUCUGUUCCCCAAUGGGCUCGUUCUCAGUCGACAGAGUGUCGCUUUGACGGAUGGAGGAGGUGAUGACGAGGAUGAAGAGGUGUAUGGAGUCGAUUUUGAUCCAGAUUGCUUCCAAUACGUUCUCACAUUCUUCCGCAACGCGUCAGAAACGUUCUAUGGUACUUCGACAUCCCCAGGCCUGCUGAGUGCACAACAGCACCUCCUGGACUCCCCCACGCCCGACUACCCUGCCACAUCACAAAAUCCACUGCUUUCGAAGCAAGCUAUCAUCGUGCUGCGCGAAGAGCUGGAAUAUUUUUCUAUACCGCCGAAGGACGGCAACCCGACGACUGACCAGAAUGGGAUUGCUAAUGAUCGUUUGCUGGGUAUUAAGCGCAGGUCGGGUGACUAUCUCAUGGAAAAAAGGAAUAUAUUCACGGCGCUUCAGCGGAAUGUGAACAAGGAGAAUAAUGUUGCUGAACAGCAUUUGAUUGACAUGCUCUGCAUGAGCGGCUUCGACCGCGAGGACGAAUGGGGUUUCCGAGCCUUGGAGCCGUCGCGUUGCUGCAUCUCAUCUAUAGCCCUUGUUCUCCUUAAGACGGGUAUUCAACAUCAUCCCAACGGGGAAAAGCCAGUUGAGGUGGAUUAUCCGCAAAUGGCUACUGCGCAGAAAUUGCUGCUGUUCUGGAGAAAACCUGCUAGGAAAUGCUGGUGGGAUGGUCUGGAUGUUGAGCUCCCAGCUGUGGGUGAGGAGCCUGCCCUCACUAUAAAAUUGUGGGCGCGUCGUGUGUGGACAUUGGAGCUCAGCCUGGUGUAA